GUGUAAUGUGGCUUGAUAAUGAAAAUAUUAUGAAAGUUAUGAAAAGAAACUAUAAUGUAAAGGAACAAUAUAUUUUUUGAAGGCAUCCUAGAUGGUACAAAGGCUGCAUUUGAUUCCCUUGGCACCCCUGACUGGACAGAAAAAUGCAUUGCAUUUGGUGCAGAUGGUGCAUCUGUAAACAUGGGCAUCCAUGGUGGAGUGAUUGCUCUUUUGCAGAGGGAAGUUGGAGAACAUGUGAUUCCCAUACACUGCAUGCCACAUCGGGUUUUUUUGGAUAGGUUAGAGCUGGCGAUUCUCAACCUGCAGCGCAAAAAUCCAAUGGUAGCAAAAGUGUAUGAUCUCCUCCAUCUUGUUUGGAAAUCUUAUCAUUUUAGUGCAAAGUCAAGAUGGGAGUUGAAUGCCCUUGGAGAACAGCUUGGUGUGGGGGUUUGCACUCCUUCUAGUGUGAAGGGAACAAGAUGGAUUCCUCACGUGCACCGAGCACUGAGUACCCUUCUUAAAUCCGAAAAGAAUGGAGACUUGGUUGCAGACAGUGGUCAGUAUGCGGUCACCUUCUAUCAUAUGGAGCACCUGGCCUUAUCUGCUGCCAAUGCUGACAUACUGGGUCGUGCAAAGAAGGGUGUAUCACUUGUUGGUGACAUGUCAGGAAUGAUCCAGCCUGGUGGCCUAGGCAACCAUAAGUUACAGCAGCAAAUCAGUGCUGUCGUUUCUGUUGCUGUUGAGGCCCUACAUGCUCGCUUCGGUAGUCUAAUAAACAAAGACAGCCAGUGUCCAGCAUAUACUGCAAUUGACUGUUUCAAAAUUUUUAACCAUGACACAUGGCCAGAAAAUGAAGACGUUCUACUAGAUUAUGGCAGUGAGCAGAUGGAUGUUCUUCUAAAUCAUUUUCAAGAAGUACUGCAAAGAGGUGGAUGCCAGACAGACAACGUUCAAGGGGAGUGGAGAAGUCUGAAGACACUUGUAAGACAAACAUUUCAAGUCCUACAGCAGCUUGUGGCAAACUUUGUCCACCAAAGAGCCAUACAAUGUUGACUACAAGAACAUACUGCACCUUGUCGAGAUGAUGCUGAUUCUACCUAUAUCAGCUGCACAGUGUGAGAGAGGAUUCUGAGCACAGAACCGCAUCAAAAACUCCACUCGAAGCAGUCUGCACGUAUCUACCACAGAGGAUCUUAUUCGAAUCAGCACUGAGGGACCUUCUCUGGAGAGAUCUGAUCCAAGCAAAUGCGCAGAGAAGUGGCUGUCUUCAAGUAAACGUUCAAGAAAACCACACUACAAAGCCUGGCCAGCUGAAAUAUGCAGCAUCUGAUUGCUGUUCACUGUGUGGCAGGAACAUUCAUUGUGUUCAGCAGUGCAGAUGUCAAUAAAGCUUUUAAAAGGACAGUU